GAGCGGAGUGUACCGAGCUGGCGGUGGAGAGAAGCACUGGGAACCGCGAGCAUGUCCACGCUGCGUACACUGCGAGAGACGCCCCGGCACUUACUGGUCUGUGAGAAAUCCAACUUCAGCCACGACAAGUCGCGCCACCGGCAUCUCGUGGAGACGCACUAUCAUAAUUACAGAGUUUCAUUUCUUAUUCCUGAAUGUGGGCUACUAUCAAAAGAACUGAAAGGCCUGGUCAUGGAAAUUGGGCCCUAUUACUCUGUGAAGCACUUACCUCUUCAUGAAUUAAUUACGCAUGAAUUCAUCAACACCUUUGUAAAGAAAGGUUCGUGCUGUGCAUUAACAUACAAUACUAGUAUUGAUGAAGAUAAUACUGUUGCCCUCCUACCAAAUGGGAAAUUAAUUUUAUCCCUGGAUAAAGAUACUUAUGAAGAAACUGGACUUCAAGGUCGUCCAUCUCAGUAUUCUGGCAGAAAAACUAUGAAAUUUAUUGUUUCCAUUGAUUUGAUGGAUUUAUCCCUUCACCCGGAUUCUAAGAAAUCUGAAAGAAUAUCUUGGUCCUUCAAAGAAAAGAAGCCUUUGAAAUUUGAUUUUCUUUUGGCUUGGCAUCAUACAGGUGCAGAAGAAUCAACGAUGAUGUCGUACUUUUCCAAAUACCAAAUUCAGGAGCAUCAGCCCAAAGUGACGUUGAACACAGUGAGAGAGCUGCAGUGCCCAGUGCUGCAGAGCAGUGAGCUCAAAGGAGAGCCCGAGGAGGCCUGCAGUGCCCUGGAGCUCUUCGACUGGCUUGGCGCAGUCUUCUGCAAUGCGGACCUGAAUAAUGAGUCUAAUGAUUUCAUAUCAACCUAUUGCUGUCCCCAGCCAAGCACAGUGGUAGCCAAAGCUUGUCUGUGUACAAUCACCGGCCUCAUACUUCCAGAGAAGAUCUAUGUUCUGCUAGAGCAGCUGUGUCACUACUUUGAUGAACCAAAGUUAGCUCCAUGGAUCACCUUGUCAGUUCAAGGCUUUGCAGACAGCCCUGUGUCGUGGAGAGAGAAUGAACAUGGCUUUCGAAGAGGAGGAGAACACUUAUACAACUUUGUGAUUUUUAAUAAUCAGGACUAUUGGCUUCAAAUGGCUGUUGGAGCAAAUGACAACUGCCCACCGUAAAAUACAAAGUUUAAAA